AUGUCACUGAGGAUGCUCUUAAGCUCCGAUUGUUCCCUUCUCUUUGAGUGGACACGCACUAGCUUGGGAGUCUUCAAUCCAACCUGGAACCGUGACAACUUGGGAACAAUGCAAGCAUGCCUUUCUUGCGAAGUUCUUUCCCACGUCAAGAACUGCUCAGCUAAGGAACAACAUUGCGAGUUUCACUCAACAAACCGAGAUGGGCUCGCUUUGGUGGAGAAUGUUGCUCUUAGUGAUGGAAACUAUCCAGAGGAGUAUGAUCGAAGUGAUAGAGGAGAUAGCUCAGUCAAUGAUGAGAAGCACAAGAAGGAGAUCAAAACAUUGAAUGACAAGCUUGACAAGAUCUUGACUGGCCAACAAAAGCAAGUUCACUUUGUUUGUGAGGAUGAUGUGAACCAAGAGGGGGAGGACCAACAAACUGAGGAAGUGUGCUAUAUGAGUAAUCAGGGAGGUUACUACAAGGGUUACAACACAAACAACAACACGAACCUCUCUUACCGCAGCACCAAUGUGGAGAAUCCACAAGACCAAGUCUACCCACCUCAACAAAACCAAAAUCAAGGGGGCCAACAAACUGUUUACUUCAAGCGUGGUUACCCACCAAAGGUUUUUGGAAUCAGAACCAAGGCUCAACUCAAGCUCAAGCAGGGAGCAACUCAACUAGCCGAGAUCAACAACAAGGUGGAUUGCUCUUACAAUGACCUCAACAAGAAGUUGGAAUCUUUAAACUCAAAGGUUCAACACUUGGAAGCUAAGAGCCACAACAUACCUUCUUCUUCAAAGGGAAUGCUUCCUGGAAAAGCAAUCGCAAACCCAAAGGAGUAUGUGCAAGCAAUUACUCUUAAGAGUGGGAGAGUUCUUCCGGAGAGAGUGGUACCAUCAAGACGCAACGAGGACGUUGCGAUUCAAGAGGAGGAGGAGUCAGUCGACAUUGAAGCUGAGGAGAGUUGA